AUGCGGUUCACACCCACCUCCCUCUUCGCGACCUUAGCGUCGAUGGCGAUGGCUGCCCCUCGUUUCGACCGAACCAUCAAGGAGCUUGCCCUUCGCCGGAGCCCGGCGCCUGUUCAGGCGACCCCUACUAGCAGUGGCGCGGCCGCGACUUGCACAAACGGCAUACCGGCUUCCAACCAGCACCCCGCCUACCCAAUUAAUGAUUACACGAUAGUUACUCCCGUCGCCGCUGACUGGACUUCUUAUACCGUCAGCCGGGAUUGGUACGACGACCACUAUGUGUCAGGACCGCACAUUAUGUUCUUCUCCCACAAGAGCGACCCGUACGGCCCAUUCAAGUGCCAGUACACAUGUAAUGGCGAAGACAAGUGCACCGCGUACUUUGUCUGGUAUGACAACAUCGACACGAACGAUGAACGCAUGAACUGUGUUUUAUUCGAUUCCAUCAUUCCGACGAAUGUUUUUGUGCCGGCUAACGGCACUAUCGCUUCGGGCGCGUAUGACAAGCUCUGUAGUCCAUCGAUCUGA